GCCAAGACUUUUGAGUUUAGUUUGCAAAUAUGUUCUCAAUACCAUCAAGAUCUUGCAAAUAUGUUCUCAAUACACUUAUGCAGACUUUUCAAAAUAAAAAUCUUGCUCAUACUGCCAAGGAGAGCACUGUUCCUAUACUUAUUACUGAGCUUUUGCUCUGGCUUCUAGAUGAAAGGGUUCCACGAAUGGAUGAUGGUAGUCAGCUUCUGAAAGCCUUGAAUGUUCUGAUGCUUAAGAUUUUGGUGAGUCUGCUUUUGGAAAUUUAGUGAUUUUAUUCUUGUGUCUU